GCUUCUCUGCUUUUUUUUUUAAAAAAAACAUAUAUAUAAAUAUAUAUAUAUAUAUGUAUCAUCUUUAAUCUAAACAGAAUAGUGGGUUUCCAUUAUCUUUUUCUCUGCAAAAACAUUGCUGAAGUUUGGAAUCUCUUCCUAGCUAUAGCUUUCUGGAAUCGAUUAAUUAAUUAAUCCAUUAAUUAUGAGGUCAAACAAGUUCAAAAUGGAAUUCUGUUUUUCUUUCUUGGACUUCCUAUUAGGCCAAAUCUUUCUCUUGUUGUUUUUAUGUUGAUAUAUAUAAAUAUGGAGUCUAAAACUAUUAAGAGCCUCUUCUUUUCUUCUUCCUCUUAAGAAUGCAGCUUUAUGGUAUUUUCAAUUCUUUUAGUUAAGCUCUCUGUCGAGUCUUCAAGUUUUUUUUUUUUUUUUUUCCGUCAAAUAUGUUUUCUCAAUUUAUUCUUUUACCUUUCUUUGCUAAAUUUCUCUAAUGGGUUUUUGUAGAUCUCUUUUCCCAAGCCUUCUAGUUACAAAAUUAACUCUGUUCUCUGGUUCUUUUUCAAGCUUUCUGUGUCUGAUAUUGUUUCAUUCAUCAGUUCUUAUCAGCUUCUAUUGCUCUAACCCAUUUCUUUAUUCUCCACUCUCUACACAGAAAUUUGAAAAAUUUUAAUGUAUUUCUUCCUGAAAUCAUCAGCAAACCAGUGUUAGCACCUCUCUUCUUUUGCUUUCUUUGUUGAUAAACUAUCCCAAGUUUGAAGUUCCAAACUUUGUGUUUUGCUUUCCAUGUGAAAGUUGAACAGCAUCCAUCAGCCAAAUUCUUUGAUAGGCGAAGAACCAGAUAACGAAAUUGUAACAAGCAUGAGUUCAUUAACAGGAUCAAAAGACACAUGGCAUCCACCCACGACUGCCAAUACAACCACCUCAAGCUACUGGCUCAACUGGAGAGUCCUGCUUUGCUGCAUCUGGUUAUUGCUCACUUUAAUCUUUGCAUCCACUCUUAUUUCAAAACAUGAAGGUUUUCGCAGAAGACGAGAUGAAAACGAAGAAGAUCAGCAAGACUCAGCAGGAACCUUGUUUGAGGAUGAAACUUGGAAGCCAUGCCUCAAAGGAAUUCACCCAGCUUGGCUUCUGGCUUUCAGGGUUGUUGCUUUCUUUGUGCUCUUGGUUAUGUUAUUUGUCAUUGUUCUUGCGGAUGGUGGCACCAUAUUUUACUACUACACUCAGUGGACUUUCACAUUAAUCACUUUCUAUUUUGGGCUUGGGACAUCCCUCUCCCUGCAUGGAUGUUACCAAUAUCACAAACGAACUAGGGGCGAUAGGGUUGGCAAUGUGGAGUUAGAUGCAGAACAAGGAAACAUUGACUCUACUGCAGUUGCUGAAAAUUCAAAUAAUGCAGCAAAAAGCUCCAACAGCCAUCAUCAUCAACCUCGACAACCAGCAGGCAUAUGGGGCUACAUUUUUCAAAUAAUCUUCCAGAUGAAUGCAGGCGCUGUUUUGCUCACAGAUUGUGUCUUCUGGUUCAUAAUUGUUCCAUUCCUGGAGAUCAAUGAUUAUAGGCUCAAUUUUUUGGCAAUUAAUAUGCAUACCAUUAAUGCUGUUUUUCUUUUUGGUGAUGCUGCUUUGAAUUGCUUGCGAUUCCCUUGCUUUCGGAUUGCAUACGUUUUUCUAUGGACAGUAACAUACACGAUAUUUCAGUGGGUUCUCCAUGCUUCUGUCAGGCUCUGGUGGCCAUAUCCAUUUCUUGACCUUUCUUCUUCAUUUGCUCCACUAUGGUACUUCUCUGUAGCAGUGAUGCAUAUCCCCUGUUAUGGCGCAUUUGCUUUGGUAAUGAAGCUAAAGCACCAUCUUCUGCUAAAAUGGUUUCCCGAGUCCUAUCAGUGCGUUAGGUAAUUUCGGAUACCUGUUUCAAGUUGUGGGAGAAAAUUGUGAUUUUCUUGGCAGAAGAUGGAACUAAAGAAUAGAGAAGAUGAGUUAUUGGAUCUUCUGCUGCAUAAACCAAGUUUUGCAGAAGAGUAGUGUGGAAAUACUGGUUGUAACUACAUAAUAAAAUUGUUGGUAAAAGUUAGUAGAGAAAUUUCCUACCCA